AUGUGCGAAGGCAGUCUGGACAGUAGAGGCGGCUGCGGCGGGUGUAAGUUGGUUCUUCAGACACUGGUUCGCCAGUCUCUGUGAGAGUAAUUCGCAAGUGACCGACCAGGCCGAUGUGUGAGGAGCAUUUGCGUGGACAGUGUGGACAUGAGAAGUCUGUGUUGUCAAUGUUAGCUAUGAAGAUGAUGCUGAUGAUGAUGAUGAUGAUGAUGCUGAUGAUGAUGAUGAUGAUGAUGAUGAUGAUGAUGAUGAUGAUGAUGAUGGUGGUGGUGGUGGUGGUGGUGGUGGUGGUGGUGGUGGUGGUGGUGGUGGUGGUGGUGGUGGUGGUGGUGGACACACUGAGUCACAGGGUGUGGGUUGGGCUGAGCGUGAUUGA